UCAACUCAGUCAUUAACGAUUAUUUGAAUGAAAUUUUUCGGAAUUAAUGCAACAUAUUUAUAGUAUUAAUAAUUAAUAAUUUACUUAAUCAAUUAAUACUAUAUAUUUUUUUUAUUACAGUCGGUUAACGUUAAUUUAGACAAGUAUAAAAAAUUAAGAUACAAUCACGAUCAAAUGAUUUAAUUAAGUGAAUUUAUAGUAUACAAAUUUUUCAAUAUUUUUCAUUUAACUUGCAAAUUUGAAAUAUGAAUUAUAUUGUAAAACUUAUUACUUUCCUGACGAUUUUUCUAAUUGGAGCCGAAAGUUACACAUUGGGACGUGAAUGCUUAGAACAUGAAGAUUGUCCAGAUCAUAAACCAGCGUGUUUUGAUUCAAUAUGUAUGAAUCUUUGCGAAGGAAGCUGUGGAAUUAACACUUUUUGCAAAUUACGACAUCGAGUCAUUCCUGUUUGUUAUUGUCACGAAGGAAUGAUUGGAGAUCCAUUUGUCAAAUGUUGGAAUCCUGGAGAAUUUAAUGUGAAAAUUUCAAAAAGCGAGGAGGAUGAAACAUCUCAAGAGUUAAUAGAAAAAUUUCUUGUAAACAAUUGUCAACCCAUUAGACAAAGUUGGUUAUGUACUUUUUAGUAACAUUGCAGAAAUCUAAGAGAAUUAUAAAUAUUCGUAACUGCUCUUAUCGACAAAUUGCUUACGUUGUAUAAGUUUUCAUUGAAUUUCGCUUUUCUCGUACUAUAAACACAUUUGUGACGUUAAUUUAAAAUUAAUAUCAAAAAGAUAGAAACCGUUCGAUAAACAUUAUAAAAUCAUACGUAACGCCUAAGCGAGUUGUGUAACUCUCCAUAAAGUUACAAACAAAAAACACGAAAUUAUAAUAUUUCUAAUUUAACUCCAACUUUACAAUUUAACUCAUUAAAUUUAGAAGAGAAUUGUUAUCGAAUUAAACAUUUGUUGAUUGAAUUCCAUAACCAACUACCGAUGUAAUAAAUCUAUUUUGUACUUCAAUAUUAGAAUAAUCAUCAUAUAAUAGAAUUUUUACCAUCAGA